AAGUAUAAUGUUAGCAUAAUCGUUACUACAAUGUUAGUAUAAGUAGCAUAGCAUUUUUUAAUCUGUUUUGUUCACUGAUGUAUCCCAAGUCCCUUCAAUAAGUGCCCAGCAGAGAGUAGGUACUCAAAAAAUAUUUGUCUAAUUUGCUUUUGCCCCACCUUCCCUUCUCCCUUCCCUGAUGCUGCCUAUGGAGGUGGCAGCCAACUCCUACCAACAUCAUGGUUGCCCUCAGACCCCUGGUGAAGCUCAAGAUUGUCAAAAAGAGGACCAAGAAGUUUAUAUGGCACCAGUCAGACUGUUAUGUCAAAAUUAAAUGUAACUGGCACAAGCCCAGAGGCAUUGACAACAGGGUGCAGAGAAGAGUUAAGGGCCAGAUCUUGAUGCCCAACAUUGGUUACAGGAGCAACAAGAAAACAAAGCACAUGCUGCCUAGUGGCUUCUGCAAGUUCCUGGUCCGCAAUGUCAAGGAGGUGGAAGAGCUGCUGAUGUGCAUCAAAUCUUACUAUGCUGAGAUUGUACACCAUGUUUCCUCUAAGAAACGCAAAGCCAUCAUGGAAAGACCAGUCCAGCUGGCCAGUAAAGUCAUCAAUCCCAGUGCCAGGCUGCACAGAGAAGAAAAUGAAUAG